AAAUAGAAGUGAGUUACAAAAACUUAGUUACCCCCAGGAGGACUGAAGCAGGUAAUUGUGAGAGUUUACAGUCUAUCCCAGUGAGGAGGUGUUUAAUACAACAAUACAGGGAGAGAUAACCCGCUUGCUGUUCCGUUAGCUGUGUUCACGGAACGCACGUAUAAAGUUAACACGGUUGACGUCUGGCUGGUGGACUAUGCCUGUACCUCCUCCCUCAUCUGCCGAUUGUGCUGCCGGUGUCAUUGUGGCUCCACUCAGAAGCAUAGACACACUGGGGGACUAACUGCCUCCCUCCUGUUGAAAUGUCCCAUCCGUCUCUGAUCUGUCACCAUGAACCGCUACACAACAAUCAAACAGCUUGGAGACGGCACCUAUGGCUCGGUCCUUCUUGGGAGGAGCGUGGAAUCCGGAGAGCUGGUUGCCAUAAAAAGGAUGAAACGAAAAUUUUACUCCUGGGACGAGUGUAUGAAUCUUCGGGAGGUUAAGUCUUUGAAGAAGCUGAACCAUGCCAAUGUCAUCAAACUGAAGGAAGUCAUCAGGGAAAAUGAUCAUCUAUAUUUUGUUUUUGAAUACAUGAAAGAAAAUCUUUAUCAGCUAAUGAGAGAUCGGAAUAAAUUAUUUCCGGAACCUACCAUCAGGAACAUCAUGUACCAGAUACUCCAAGGGCUUGCUUAUAUACACAAAUACGGGUUCUUUCACCGAGACUUAAAACCUGAAAACCUCCUCUGCAUUGGACCAGAGCUCGUGAAAAUAGCUGAUUUUGGGUUAGCCAGGGAAACCAGAUCAAGACCCCCUUACACUGACUACGUUUCUACCAGAUGGUACAGAGCACCUGAGGUCCUCCUCCGGUCUACCAAUUAUAACUCUCCUAUUGAUAUUUGGGCCGUCGGUUGUAUCAUGGCUGAAGUUUAUACCCUCAGACCACUCUUUCCAGGAUCCAGUGAAAUUGACACCAUAUUUAAAAUUUGCCAAGUCUUGGGAACGCCAAAAAAGAGCGAUUGGCUUGAAGGCUACCAACUGGCCAGUGGAAUGAACUUUCGCUGGCCCCAGUGUGUACCUAACAAUUUAAAAACACUGGUUCCAAAUGCAAGCAGUGAAGGGAUCCAGGUCAUGCGAGACAUGCUUCAGUGGGAUCCCAAGAAGAGGCCAACAGCAAGCCAGGCUCUGCGAUACCCUUACUUUCUGGUGGGUCAGCCUCUUGGAACGCCUCAGCAGAUACAGGAGGUGAAUCAAGUGCCAAAGAAUCACCAAGAGAAACAAGCCACGUUACUUAUAAAACCAGCACCCCCUUCUCAGCCACCGCCAAAAUAUCAGCCACGUCUGGCAUCCAGAGCCUUUCAGCAGGCCCAGUCAAAUGUGCAUCUCAUCCAAAUGGGCUCAUCAUUGGCAGAGUCUAACAGCGCACAAGAGAACAGUAAACUGAAUCAGCCUCAUCUACCUGCUUUAGUUCCCCAGAAGGUAGCAUCUAAUUCAGAAAGCAACAACGAGGUGCAUACCACAAAAAAUAGAAGAAGAUGGGGGGUAAUAACCAAAGAAGUCAAAGGAUCUGAUGAGUGGGAUGACUUGGAAGAUCUCGGUGUUCGGUCUUCAAUAAACAUAUCUGAAAUGAAGAAUGAAAUAAAGGGUCCUUUGAGUGAUGAUGCUGUGUGUAGCUUUGAGAGCAUUGUGGAUUUGAAAAGGACAGAUAGUGUUGUUGCUGGACCUGUGCUAAAUUCAUUCUCGAGGCAGGAGACUGGUGUUUCCAGGAGACCUUCCGCAGCUAAGCAACAUUACUUGAAACACUCCAGGUAUUUGCCGGGCCUUACCAUUAAGAAAAGUGCUGUGGAAAAUCCAAAUAAGUCAACUGCACCUUCUAGUAAUCCUUGGCCAAAUGUUCUCCAGCCCCUCAAACCUUUAGGAGGGUCCACAUGCACAAGCGACAAGCUUUCUGGGCUGAGUAUUGGCAAUGGUCCACUUGUCAAUUACACCCCAUCAUUCUUUAAAAAGGAAAUAGGAUAUGCUGGCCAGAAGGUCCAUUUGGCUCCACUUUCAGAUCCAGCUCCAAAUUAUGGAUCUUUAAAAUCAGUUGGCUCAUACCUAGGACAAACAUCAUUCAACUCUCCUCCCAAAAAGUCAUCUGGCCUUUCUUCCAGACCCCUCCCUGCUAUUGCUCCAAUUCAUGGAAGAACAGACUGGAUUUCCAAGUAUGGAGGAAGGAGAUAGCAACGCAUCUCGCUCUGGCUGGGUUCUUCUAACAUGAAUAUGACAGCCUUCAUGUUUGUUUGUUUUUUCUUCUUUUCAGCAAGCAGCUGGUUAAAUUUCCACAUUCCCUUUUUUACUACUAGAUUUAUUAUUUUUGCAGCAAGGAAAGGUUUUUUUAUGUUACAAAAAUGUUAGGAAUGCAGUUUAAUUACUAAUGUAUUUGUAGGUUAUUUUGAUACUGACCUUUUAACACUAACCAGGAGGAGAGAUUAGCUGAGCAGAGGUAAGCUCUGCCGAGAAGUCCUGUUCCUUCGGUCAAAGGAUCUGGGAGUUGACUUUCAGUAAAAACAAAAACAACCAUCAAAAUCGAAGAUAAAUCUUUAAAAA